GGAACUGUGAGGUCAUGACCUGAGCCGAAACCAAGAGUCGGACGUUUAACUGACUGAGCCACCAUGCGCCCCUGCGUUUUGGUUUUAAAUCCACCUGUAAUGUAUCUUCCUAUUUGCUAUGAAUCUAUGAAUCAGGGGACCAACUUUGUUUUUUUCUAGUUGGAAAAAUACAUAUGCAUAUGUAUAUACAAAUACUAUAAAUAUAUUUUAUACACAGAUCGUUGUGCUGGGUCUAUCUUUUCUGUUAAUCUAUUUGUGUACCUCUGUGCCCAUAUCGCAUCUUAACAUUGUGUAGUUGUAUUUGGUAGAACAUAUACUCCUGCUUUUGUUUCUCCCCUCUCUAACUUCUAACAUGUAAGAAUGCGAUUGAUUUUUCUAAUCAGCUUUUCAGAGCAUCACAGAAACACACGGAGCUGGAGACUAGCGGACAUCUGUGGAUGGCUCACAGCUUGAAAGCUGGAGACGCAUACAAACUGAAGAAGCAACUUGGGAGAAACAGUCUGCAGACAGAUGAAAAUUUAGCAAGGAUACGUCUUUAAUGUCUUUAGAAAUAUAAGAUGAUCACGUCCAUACAGCCAGAACAUACUCCUAUGAAAAGGAAUAAACUUUGGGGAGUUAAAAAAAAAUGUGUUGGCAGAAAUGAAAAUCUAUAAAACGAUUCUGACGACAAAGUUGAGAAACUCUCCAGGAAGGUAGACCAAGUAACAGAUAUAUAGAAAACACGCAGCAAUGCACACCUGAAAGUAAUGUUAUAUGUUAACUAUACUUCGAUUUAAAAAGAUUAUUUUCAAAGAAAAUAGGAAAAAAAAUAAAACUGGGAUGGUACAAACCAUCAAUGAAACAGACCAAGAAAAUAUCCCAGAAGUGAAGAAUAUUUACUUCUAACCUGAAAGACCCACCAUAUGCUAAAUACCAAGGAUGAAAAUAAACCCACUAUUUCAGAACGCUCGAGACAAAGGAAAAAUCUAAAUAAGGGAGGGUUCAGAGGAAUCGAGAUUCAAGAUUCUCAGUUGCAUCUACCCAGAUGUCCCUAUUUCAGAUGUCGGGAUCCUACCCUAACCUCCUCAAGGUUAGGGUCCUAAAAUACCCAGCCUUGGCAUAGGAAGCCUGGGGCUGAGAAUUCUUUCUCAACAAUUAACAUUGGAGCUGGCCCUCCACUCUGAUGCCCACUGGAUACAGGUUAGGCUUCCCUUAAGGGCUGUCGUGGGGCCACCUGGUUUCACAGUCUGCCUGGACUUGAUCAGUUCUGUGGACUUAGUUUCUAUUUCCUUCAGGCUUUCAACUGCUGCAGAGACCAUUAACGCAUAUCCUUUCAACCAGUGACCCCUCGCAGCCGGCCACUGCUGACAAUUUUAAUAACUGUCCCACCUCAGCAAGCUAGAGACUAUCAGUAUUCUACCUACUACCGUGGGUUCUUGUCAGGCAGACUGUGAACAGUCACCCAGAUUCGUUCUAGAAUUUGUGGAACCACGUCUGAAACCAACAGGCUUAAAUUGGGUUCCUUGGAGAAAGACUCCAACGAGAAGCUACGUGAACAAGGUUUACUGGGAAGUGCUAGUGCUCGCGGGAUGCACCUGUAAGGAAGUGAGGAAGGCAAGGUUAGGCAAACGGGGAAACUGACACGCAAUGAGGUUACAAGAGAGGCUUCGGCCGAUCCUGUGGGGAACUUGGAAGUUGGAGUGGCCCCUUCAGGGUCGUUGCAUAUUGAGACAGAGAGGCCAGGUCUUUGUAUCCUGCAUCGACCGUCGUCGACAAGCCCUGCAGGAGGGCGUGUGACCUUGGGUGAGGCUGUCUCCUGCCAUGGGAGGCAUCGCCGUGAGGGAAGCAGCUGUGUGCAAUCAGCAUCUGAUAUUCCCAGCAGCUGGGAAAUGGGUGCAUUGGUCCCAAACAGGGCAUCCGGGUAGAGCAUUUUACCCACGAAACCUAGUGAAGGAGUAUCGUGAACAGACGUGCCCAGGACCGUGCCAGAGCCCGUGGCCCAGUGCUCGAGAACCUCGUGAACUCUAUACGGGAUUUUGUAAACGUAUGUGUUUCCACCUACCGGCACAUAAGCUCUAGAAGAGCGGGCAAUGUAUUUGCUUACCGCCGCUUCUCCAGCGUCUAGAAUUUGACUCCUAGUUGAAUGAACCUAACUGGAGGCUUGCAAUAAGAACCAGGAAGUUGCUGUGUGUUAGGCGGAAUCUGGGGGUGACAAGCAUCCAGAGAAAGGGAGGUGGGGCUCGGUGCGAGCGUGAAGCGCUCCUCCAGAGCCAAGGCAGAGCUAGGGCACUCUAACCGAGGAGGACUCCGCACGAGGGAAGCGCAAGCAUCGCAUGAGUGGGUUUUCUCUCUGCAGUCUCCGGCCUCCGGCCCAGCCUCUCUGGACGCCCGUGGCGUUCUGCAAGCAUCCAAAUGGUUGGGGGGAGAGCUUCAUGUUCCACACGAGUGACAUUGUGCAACAGGGGACGGAGAGUCAGAAGGCGGUGGUUGUGGUUGUGUGGCAGCAGCCAGAGACCAGGCGUCCCCACCAUGUUGCACAGCCGGCUCUUGGCCGACGUCAAGGGCCGGCUCCGGAUCCGCAGCCACCUGGCCCGGCAGUGCCUGGCAGAGUUUCUGGGUGUAUUUGUGCGCAUGUUGCUCACCCAGGGGGCUGGAGCCCAGGCUGUCACCAGUGGAGAAACGAAAGGCAACUUCUUCACCAUGUUUCUGGCUGGCUCUCUGGCCGUGACCAUAGCCAUCUACGUGGGUGGUAACGUUUCAGGGGCCCACCUGAACCCAGCCUUCUCCCUGGCCAUGUGCCUGCUGGGACGCCUCCCCUGGGCCAGGCUCCCCAUUUACUGCUUGGUGCAGCUUCUAUCUGCUUUCUGUGCUUCUGGGGCCACCUAUGCCGUCUACUACGAUGCCCUACAGAACCAUACAGGCGGGAACCUGACGGUGACCGGCCCCAAGGAGACAGCCUCCCUUUUUGCCACCUAUCCUGCCCCUUACCUGUCCCUGAACAAUGGCUUCCUGGAUCAGGUGCUGGGCACGGGGGUCCUGAUUGUGGGGAUCCUGGCCAUCCUGGGCACGCGGAACAAGGGAGUGCCUGCCGGUCUGGAGCCUGUGGCCGUCGGGCUAGCCCCGGGUGCCAACUGUGGGUUCCCACUCAACCCUGCCCGGGACCUGGGCCCACGGCUUUUCACCUACGUGGCUGGCCGGGGCCCUGAAGUCUUCAGUAGAGGCUGUGUUCUCAGGCACGUCUGUCCUGUUACCUUUUGGCAUUGUGACCGCAUCACAAGAUGGGUAUAUUCGGAGAAUUCCCUGAGGCAAGAGGCUGGACCAAGCUCUCCUGGGGUCUCCUCUCUAACCGCUGUGAUUUGUUGCCAAGACUUGGUCUUCCCAGCGGCGUCCAUCCCCCCUGGGGCUGCUUUAGGGAGGUUCUCUUGUUACCGCCCCUGGUCCUUCAGGGAGAGGCUAGAGGACUCCCCCUGAAGCCUUCCUUACGUCCCUCUCUUGCAGUGCUGGUAACGGCUGGUGGUGGGUGCCUGUGGUGGCCCCUCUGGUGGGGGCGACUCUUGGCACAGCCACGUACCAGCUGCUGGUGGC